UUUUCUAUUUGAAUUUCAGGUUUGACAUUCGAUAAUGAACAAGUAAUAUGUGACGCUUCGAACGACGAGUGCUUCACCCGAAGUCUGGUCUAUGUAUACUGUAUAUAGACCGGUGAAAAUUACAGGAAAUCUUCGUGCGGGUCGAUGUUCACUUGCGUAUUGCUGUCUAUAGACAAAUAAGAUCCUCUGCAUGAUGCCUCGCAUCAUGUGCAUUUCGCUGGUUGUGGUAUGCUUAUACUUUGUGAUCUUCCGGCGGUAUGAACAAUCGCGGCACAAGUGCCAACAUCGCGAUCUCGACCCAGCUGUUAUGAUCAACGUGUGUAAAUGUUUUUCACCUGAAAUUUGAGUGUGGGAACGUUCGGAUGUGAAGUGACGAUGAGCAGCAUGAGCAAGUUCGACAUGACACCAACCAGGAAGCCCCAUUCAAGUCCAAUCACCAAACAGGCCAAGAAGGUCACCAUCAUCGGAACCAUGUCAACUCCUGCGGAUGGAAUUUACUUACCUGCCCAGAUGCCGCCGAAGGUAGUCCUUACACCCGAAACCGCGUUGACGCAAGUUGUUGAUAUUGAACCUGUGACUGGCAUCGAAUGA